AUGGUUCUAAAUGAACCUUAUCGUUCUCAUUUUGAAUUAGUCAAAACUAAAGCCCUUGCAAGGUCAUACAUAUGGUGGCCAGGCCUUGACAAAGACAUCGAGAACUCAAUCAAGAACUGUCUACAGUCCCAAAAACUUCAAUCCAGUGCUAAGAAAAGCAGUUUAAUAUCAUGGGUGCCAAAUGAUUCGGUAUGGAUUUGUGGAAGUCUUCAAGAAAUUACGACAGCAUUCACUGUUUCAACGUUACGAGAACUGUUCUCACGCUAUGGUAUUGUCGACACACUUGUUAGUGACAAUGGUACACAAUUCACGUCACAUGACUUUCAAACAAUUUUGUCCUUAAAUGGAAUUAAACACAUUUUAACUGCACCUGGACGUCAACUAAUGGUCAAGCUGAGAACUUUGUUAAAACAUUAA